AGUGUUGCAAACUACCAAAACCAAAUACAAUUGCGUUCUUGUGAAAUACGAAUGUUUUGAACAACCUUACUUAUUUUAUUUCUUUAAAAUGAGUGCUUCGGAGGAAAUGGAAAAUGUUUAUAAAACGGCGGGGGGAACCAAUGGUUCGGUAGCAGAUGGUGGCACUAAAAGAAAGUCUCCCGAAGAACCCACAAGCAGUGAGGAUGAAAAUGAGGUGGAAAGCAGUCCAGUUAAGCGCGUAAAAUCAGAGGAGCCCGGGGUUUCAAUUAAAACGGAACCUAAUCCUGAUACUCCAGUUAAAGUAAAGGAUGAACCUGUUGAGGAGGCACAGGAAGACGAUAAACCCAGUAGCAGUGAUGCUACAAUCCCUGUAAAGACAGAACCAACAGCCAAUGAAAAUUCAACUGCAACUGAAGCUGCAUCGCCGGUGGUUAAGAUUGAACCCACCAAUUCCAAUGGAGAUGCCUCCGUUGACUCUUCAGUGUCCUCUAGCAGCAACCGUAUAUCCUGUCGCUUUGGCAUCCGAUGCUACAGACGAAAUCCAGCUCACCGGAGUGCUGAAGCCCAUCCAGGUGACCAGGACUACCGGCGUCCCGACUUUCCAGAGCCGCCGCUCGGAACUCCAGCUUGUCCCUACGGCAACGCCUGCUAUCGCCGCAAUCCGGUUCACUUUCAGGAGCACUCCCAUCCGCCGGAUUUCAAUUCCGCCCAGAACAUCCGCAAUCGCUUGCGCCAACGACGAGCCCAGCGGCAAAAUAAUCAAGACUCUGGAACGGAUGAUGAUGAGGAGGAGGAGGAGAAUCCGUUCGGAGGCGAUAAUGACAAUGAUGCGGACUAUCGUCCUGGCGCAGAUUUAGACGAAGAUGAGGAUGAUGAGCUGGAGUUUGAAAGUCAGCGCGUAAACAGCGAUGAUUAUGACUAAACUACACAUUCCAAUUCGUUGUUAACUUAGAUUAAUCACCAUUUAAUUCAUAAAUGUAUAUUCCAUUGUUGCAAACUUA